GUUGCAGGUCUUAGUCAGGGUACAAAGGGUUCCUGCUUGGUGGUUUUGCCGCAGCUUCAGAGUGUAGCCUGAACUGUGGCAGGAUUUUGUAACUUGCACGUUUUCUGAGAAGUCUGACGGAGGUAUUAUGUCCAAGGACAAUUCUUUGAACAGUGUUUCCGGAGAACAUGGGGAGUCGGCCAGUCUUGGUACCUUCAACCCUGCCUAUAGUAAUCCCUCUCUUCCACAGCCCUCUGGGAACUCAGAGGAUGAGUUCACCACUUACUUUAAUGAGAAGAUCUCCAUUCCUGAGGUGGAGUACUCUUGUUUUAGCUUUCGGAAACUCUGGGCUUUCACUGGACCGGGCUUUCUUAUGAGCAUUGCCUACCUGGAUCCAGGAAAUAUCGAAUCUGAUUUGCAGUCUGGAGCAGUGGCUGGAUUUAAGUUGCUCUGGAUCCUUCUGUUGGCCACCCUUGUGGGGCUGUUGCUUCAGCGGCUUGCAGCUAGACUGGGAGUGGUCACUGGGCUGCAUCUUGCUGAAGUAUGUCACCGUCAGUAUCCCAAGGUCCCACGAAUCAUCCUGUGGCUGAUGGUGGAGCUGGCUAUCAUUGGCUCAGAUAUGCAAGAAGUCAUUGGCUCAGCCAUUGCCAUCAAUCUUCUGUCUGUAGGAAGGAUUCCUCUGUGGGGUGGCGUCCUCAUCACUAUUGCAGAUACUUUUGUAUUUCUCUUCUUGGACAAAUACGGCUUGCGGAAGCUAGAAGCAUUUUUUGGCUUUCUCAUCACUAUUAUGGCACUCACAUUUGGAUAUGAGUAUGUUACAGUGAAACCCAGCCAGAGCCAGGUACUCAAGGGCAUGUUCGUACCAUCCUGUUCAGGCUGUCGCACUCCACAGAUUGAACAGGCUGUGGGCAUCGUGGGAGCUGUCAUCAUGCCACACAACAUGUACCUGCAUUCUGCCUUAGUCAAGUCUAGACAGAUAAACCGGAGCAAUAAGCAGGAAAUCCAAGAAGCCAAUAAGUACUUUUUCAUUGAAUCCUGCAUUGCUCUCUUUGUUUCCUUCAUCAUCAACGUCUUUGUUGUCUCAGUCUUUGCUGAAGCAUUUUUUGGGAAAACCAACGAGCAGGUGGUGAGUAAGCCAGGGUUAUGGGUGGUAGUGAAUAUGAGGGUAAAUUGCCUCUCACAGGGUGUUGUGCUGGGAUGUUACUUUGGGCCUGCUGCACUCUACAUUUGGGCAGUGGGGAUCCUGGCUGCAGGACAGAGCUCCACCAUGACAGGAACCUAUUCUGGCCAGUUUGUCAUGGAGGGAUUUCUGAACCUAAAGUGGUCACGCUUUGCCCGAGUGGUUCUGACUCGCUCUAUUGCCAUUAUCCCCACUCUGCUUGUUUCUGUCUUCCAAGAUGUAGAGAGUCUAACAGGGAUGAAUGACUUCCUGAAUGUUCUACAGAGCUUACAGCUCCCCUUUGCUCUCAUACCCGUCCUCACAUUUACAAGCUUGCGGCCAGUAAUGAGUGACUUUGCCAAUGGACUAGGCUGGCGGAUUGCAGGAGGAAUCUUGGUCCUUAUCAUCUGUUCCAUCAAUAUGUACUUUGUAUUGGUUUAUGUUCAGGAACUAGGGCAUGUGGUGUUAUAUGUGGUGGCUGGUGUGGUCAGCAUGGCUUAUCUGGGCUUUGUGUUCUACUUGGGUUGGCAGUGUUUGAUUGCACUGGGCAUGUCCUUCCUGGACUGCGGGCAUACGUACCAUCUGGGAUUGACAGCUCAGCCUGAACUCUAUCUUCUGAACACCAUGGAUGCUGACUCACUUGUGCCUAGAUGACUGACAGCCUGAGAGACUAUAUGAGAACAAGUUUCUCUAAGCCCCUUUGUGCCAGGUGUCCUGUUAACAUCUCUGUUAGUUCAGAGGUGAGUUUUGUUCAGACGUUUUGAGCAAAAGGCCAAGAUUUCCUCAUGGGAAGGGUGUUCAAAACUGACAGCUAUAAAUGUAGGUCAGAGACCCACACACCUCACAACAGUCACACACUCCCAGAGUUAAAUGAUCGGCCUCUGGUGGCCACACACCGCUGUGGGCUUGUGUCUUGGACUCUGGGAUUUAAAAAAUAUAUAUGUAUAUAUAUUUAUGUAAACCUGAGCAUCUCAGUUUGAGUAGAGUUUUAAGGUUAUAUGAAACUGAUAGAGCUUUUGUAUUUUAAAAAAAAAAAAAACUUUGUUUAGAUAAAUCAGAUAUUUGUUUUGUCUGGAUCACAAGUGAGAAAGGAAAGAGAAUAAUGCUCUUUUUCACAAUGAACUGGUCAAAUUGACUUUCUUGUAAAGUGAUAUUUUACUAUGUAAGUUAAAUUUCACUUUGACCUUAAUGGACCAGAUUAUAUCCUUGGUAUCUAUUGAUAUUAACACAUCAUUUCUUAAAAACAAAUUUCUGUAUUUGGCAAUCAUAAUUAACCCAGGUUAUCAGCCCGUUUUGUAAUUAUUGUCUUUGUUGUCACUUUUCUUGAAUUGUUUUCUAGUCAUUAAACAAAUACAAAGGCA